AUGGGAACUCAAGCAAUUGAACUUUAUUAUAAAAUGCCAAAAGAAUUUCGGGAUGAAGGGAUAUAUAUUUCUGUUUUAAAUGCAUGUUCACAUUCAGGACUUGUUCAAGAAGCUCGUUCAAUCUUCCAAAGUAUUGAAACGAAAACUGAGAAAAUCUAUAGCACUAUGAUUGAUUGUCUAAGUCGUGCGUCGCUAUUUGAAGAAGCACAAAAAUUAAUUGAUGAAUACGAUCAUGAUCAUUCACCAUCAAUAGUCAUGUAUACGGCAUUAUUAUCAGGAGCAAGAAACUUUAAGAAUACUGACUUAUCACAAAAACUAUAUGAUCGUAUGGAAAAAUUCUUCCCUCAAAUGGCAAGUUCAUUAACAUCAGCAGCAGUUCUUCUUGCUAAUACUUAUGCAUCAUCUGGUGAUACUGACAAAGCAUCAAAUAUUAGAAAUAAACUACACAAAUUAGGGCAAAAGAAACAAAUGGGUAUCACAUCGACUGUAGUCAAUGGAAUAUCCUACGAAUUUCGAGCUUAUGAUCGCAGCCAUCCUCGAUCUAAAGAAAUCUAUGCUGAAUGUGAAAAACUAUCUGCAGAACUUCUUCAACAUGGCCAUCAAUAUGAUUCAAGUUGGAUUACACGACCUUUAAAUGACGGUGAAACUAUCGAAUCGGUUCUUUCUACACAUAGUGAAAAACUUGCAAUUGCUUGGAAUUUCAUUGCAAAUCCUAGUACAUCACGAAUUCAGCUGACAAAAAAUCUUCGUAUUUGUCAAGAUUGUCAUCGAGCAACAAAAUUAAUUGCUACAAUUCGUAAAUGUGAAAUAAUUGCUCGUGAUGCAAAUCGGAUCCAUCAUUUCACCACAGAUGGAAAAUGCUCCUGCAAUGAUUAUUUCUAA